GCCACGGUUUACUUUAGCAGCAGAAAAGGGUCGGGAUAAUGAGGAGGACUCUGCUGCUGCUGGCCUCUCUGGCCUUUGUUUCUCUCACUUCUGUGGCUGAUGGAGCUCCAUUGCAAGUGAUGUCUGCCCCAAACUUGUUGCGGGUGGGAACUGCAGAAAACAUCUUUGUGGAGUGUCAAGACUGCACUGGAGGAGACGUUAGGGUUGAAAUCAAUGUGAUGAACCAUCCAACCAAAACUAAAAGGCUGGCAACAACAUCUGUGACCCUCAACAAUGCAAAUGACUUUCAGCAGCUUGAGAAAGUAACGAUCCCUGCAGGAGACUUCAGUAAAGAUCCCAACGCGAAGCAGUACGUGUACCUACAGGCUCAGUUCCCUGACCGCCUCCUGGAGAAAGUAGUCAUGGUUUCCUUCCAGUCUGGUUACAUCUUCAUUCAGACAGACAAGACCCUUUAUACACCAAACAGCAAAGUUCGUUUCAGGAUGUUUGCACUGACACCCCAGAUGGAGCCUGUAGAGAGGGAUGAAGCAGCCCAAUCUGAUCCUUCCAUUGCCAUUGAGUUUGUGACACCUGAAGGCAUUGUUUUACCACUUGAUAUAGUCGCUCUAAAAUCAGGUAUUCAUUCUGGAGAUUUCCAGCUUGGUGAAAUUGUUAGGUGAGUAUUAUUAUUAUUACUGU